AGGCUUUGAUGGGAUGUGCUUUUGUUGGCAGAUACACAAAAAGGUGGAGCAAGUGGGAUAUUAACCCUAGGAGACUGGAACUUUACUUUUAAAUGCGAGGGUCAGUCCCAGAGAUAAACAGAAGACGGAAUCUCAUCUUUAUAAUGGAUCUGGCACCCCAAGUAGCUUCAUCUUCACUCUUCAAAUGAAUAACUUUCCAACCCCUCCCAGUUCAUCCUAGUAUAAGAGAGAUAGAAAACUCUGCACUCAUGAAUAUGAAUUCACUUAAAGGUGAACAUGUCCACAAACGGAACGCAGUGUGUAUUUUGGGGACUGGAGAUUUUGGCAGGUCCCUGGGUAUGAGGCUGAUCAAGGCUGGAUAUCCCGUGAUAUUCGGCAGCCGAAACCCCAAGAACUCUGCCCUGCUGCCUGGAGGAGCUGAGGUGUUCACACACGCUGAUGCUCUGAAAAGAUCCCAGAUCAUCUUCUUGGCUGUUCACAGGGAAAAUUAUGACUUCCUCCAACCUCUGUGUGAUUUGUUUGAUGGUAAAGUGCUGGUGGAUGUGAGCAACAACCUGAAAAUAAACCAGUACCGAGAGUCUAAUGCAGCAUAUCUGUCUCAGCUGGUUCCCAAAGCCAUUGUGGUGAAGGGCUUUAACACCGUUUCAGCCUGGGCCCUGCAAUCAGGGAACCUGGACGCAAACAGUCAGGUCUUUGUCUGUGGAGAGGAUGGUGAAGCCAAACAUUUGGUGAUGGACAUUGCCAGGAGUAUUGGCCUCACUCCUUUAGACCAGGGAUCUCUGUUAGCAGCCAAUGAAGUGGAAAACUACCCUCUGCAGCUCUUCCCAAUGUGGAGGCUUCCAUUUAUCAUAACGGCUGGCCUCACCAUUUUGAUCUACUUGUACUGUGUGUUGAUUGAUUUAAUCUAUUCCUAUGUGAUAAGAGGCACUGAAAAUUCUUAUCGGCUUUUGAUAUCCAUUCCCAACCAUGUUUUCCCGACAGUCUCUCUCAUCCUCCUGGGCUUGGUUUACCUGCCAGGUGUGAUGGCUGCACUCCUUCAGCUCUACAGAGGCACAAAGUACAAACGUUUCCCAAACUGGCUGGACAGGUGGAUGUUGUGUCGAAAACAGCUUGGGCUUGUGGCCCUAGCCUUCGCCUUUCUUCAUGUUUUCUACACGCUAAUCAUACCAAUUCGAUACUCAUACAGAUGGUGGCUCACUAACCAUAUCGCAGCAGAGGCACAAAAGAACACAACGUCUUCGGAAAUGAGCAAACUAUCAGCCUGGCGUGGGGAUCUGUAUUACGCAAUUGGAAUCUUGGGCUUUUUUCUCUUCCUUUUGCUUGGAAUCACUUCCUUUCCAUCAAUUGCCAAUUCAAUGAACUGGAGAGAGUUCAGAUUUGUGCAGUCCAAGCUUGGUCAUGUCACCCUGUUGCUGUCCGCGGGUCAUGCUGCUGUAUAUGGCUGGGAUAGAUUCCUGAAAACGUCAAAGUAUAAGUGGGGGCUUCCACCAUCAUUCAUGCUUUCUCUGGUGAUUCCCUGCAUUGUGCUGGCUCUGAAGCUGAUUCUCAUUACGCCAUGUGUGGACAGAAUGGUUACCAGGAUCCGUCAGGGUUGGGAAAGGAAGCUAAAAUCAGGAAAUGAUCGUGUUUGAAAGCGUCUUUGCCACCUGAAUGAAUGAAAUUAUUUUUCAAAUGUAAGACUAUCUAUAUCCUGAAUACAAUAACAGCAAUAAUAGCCCAGAUAACUUAGUGAAGUUGUAGUUACAGAUUAGAAUCUCAACCCAUAUUGAGUUUGCUGGUCUGGAGAGAUGAAAUUGGACCAGGGAUAGUGAUGAUUAAACGAGCCAGGGCUUGGACUUCUUGCCCUCUUCAGCACGGUCCACUGUUUGUGGGUGAGGGCAGACAGGCUUGGCUGUGACCAAGUCACAGUCAAGUGACCAAGCAACACUCACUGCCAAGGCUCACACAUGAAAAAUGCCUUUUGUGGGGGUAGUUGGAGGAAUAACCAGCAUCGAUAAAAACUCUCCAAUAUGAGGAGGCUGCAGAUUAAAGGCAGAGAUGACAAUAAGGAGAAAAUUAGAAAAAUAACUUUUGGAAAACAGCAAUUCUGUAAUUCAUAAAUAAACAAACUUCAUUAUCGUAUGAAUAAUUUCUGAAAUGCUGAUUAUGUAGUUUAUUUGAUUAUAGUGAACUAUUUUAACAGACUUCUGAAUAGGAAGCUAUAAACAAUGAGGUCUAUUGUGUCCCCCCUGUCCAGUUGCUAAAAUAGCCAUUUAUGAUCAGUCUACAUGUUACACCAUGUGCCAGACCUCAAUAUCCCUUGUAAGGUUUGUCCCAAUUUGCUCAGUGCUCAAAUUACUUCUUUCCAAAAAGUUCAGAGUAUGUCAGAGAAUUCAGGAAACGUAAUGCAUUCUUCAGCAUGUUGUGUUUCAAAUAUUAUAAAUACACGUGUUGUAAAGAAAUCUACCAAUAAAUACUACAAAUUAAACCCCAUUAUCUCUGCUUCUAAUUGUUUUCAAGACAGUAAUGAGAACAGCAGAUAUCUCAACGCUUCUCUGUAGCUGUGAUGUGACAAUAUCCCUUCAGAUCAACUUAACUUUGUAAUAAAUAGAGCUCUACCUUUAAAGGAUACAGUUUCAACUAGUCUUAGCAUAUAGGACCAUUAAGAUUUAAGGUGGUGCAGUACUAUGAAAAAUUCUUCAAUUCAGUCUUUUGACUUUAAGAUCCUUACACUUGUGUUCAAAUCCCUUCACUCCCUGGCAUCUCCCUACAAAGGCUUCUUUGUUUUUGCUUCAGUGAUCUCUAAUGGGAAAGGAAUGCAUGGCAAAGUUUGGUCAACAAGACCAUGUGAUAUCCUGGAGACCUGUAGCUCAGUAGUUAGAGCAUUCACCUCGCAAGUGAGAGA